AUGUCAAUCGGAGGCAUCUUGAGGAACACAGUAGCUGACGUACCCGGCCGCCGACCCUCAACGGAGAACUGUCCUGUCCCCGGCACCACAACGCUAGUGCCCCAAAUGACGACGCUAGCGCCCAAUAUGAGUGCGACGCCUGCGCCUGCCCCAAUGCCGGACAGAGGAUUCAGUUUCUAUGAUCUCUCCUUCCUCUGGCUGACAGCUUUCGCCCUGGUGAUCGGAUUCGUGGUCGCCAGCAUUGUCAGCCUUAUCUCAGGCAUGAACACCAAAAAACCAAUUCGACAGUCGUUGAUGGCCUCUCAAGCAGUUGCUUUCUAUAAUUGUUUUCGACACUGUCGUCCGGCCCAGUCCUAUGAUGACAGUGCAUUACUGGUCUCCAUCAAGUUCACUAUCCAGCCGACGGAGGGCCUGCGCUCUGCUCUGGCUAAGACCUACUCUGAAAGCUCCCAGAACUUCCUGGACGCCUGUAUCAGCAUUCAGUAA